UCACGAACAUUGGAAAGGAGAACAGACUUGAGAAGAGAGGAGAGGUUUGAGAUUCAGAAGGCGUGAUCAUUCAUGGCGAGCGCCAAGGCGACGAUGGGGCAGGAGAAGCAAGACCACUUCGUUCUCAAGAGCGGGCAUGCCAUGCCGGCCGUCGGGUUGGGCACCUGGAGGGCUGGCUCGGAUACUGCUCACUCCGUUCAGACGGCCAUCACCGAGGCUGGAUACAGGCAUGUGGACACAGCUGCUGAAUACGGAGUAGAAAAGGAGGUCGGCAAAGGGCUUAGAGCUGCCAUGGAAGCUGGAAUCGACAGGAAAGAUUUGUUUGUCACGUCAAAAUUAUGGUGCACGAACUUGGUCCCUGAGAGGGUGCGGCCAGCAUUAGAGAGCACGCUCAAGGAUUUACAGUUGGACUACAUCGACCUUUACCAUAUUCAUUGGCCGUUCCGGCUGAAAGAUGGGGCACACAAGCCUCCGGAAGCAGGGGAGGUGCUGGAAUUCGACAUGGAGGGGGUGUGGAAGGAGAUGGAGAACCUUGUCAAGGACGGACUGGUUAAGGACAUCGGCGUCUGCAACUACACCGUGACCAAGCUCGACCGGCUGCUACGGUCUGCAAAGAUUCCACCGGCCGUUUGCCAGAUGGAGAUGCACCCUGGUUGGAAGAACGACAAGAUGUUCGAGGCCUGCAAGAAGCGCGGCAUCCAUGUCACGGCUUACUCCCCAUUGGGUUCUUCAGAGAAGAACCUUGCGCAUGACCCGGUUGUCGAGAAGGUGGCCAACAAGCUGAACAAGACCCCGGGGCAGGUGCUCAUCAGGUGGGCUCUGCAGAGGGGGACGAGUGUGAUUCCCAAGUCAAGCAAAGACGAGAGGAUCAAGGAGAACAUCCAGGUGUUCGGGUGGGAGAUCCCUGAGGAGGACUUGAAGGUCCUGUGCAGCAUCAAAGAUGAGAAGCGUGUGCUGACCGGAGAGGAGCUGUUCGUGAACAAGACCCAUGGGCCGUACAAGAGUGCAUCUGAAGUCUGGGAUCACGAGAACUGAGCUCCCACCUAAGUCACCAGUCGCCAUCUACGACGACUCAAAACAAUGGAGGCUGAAGGAGUGGAGUGGAGAUGAUGCAGCAGGCUCUUCUUGAUGCUAUGUAAACAACGUUGUGUACAACACAAUAAAUAAAUAAAUAACAACGGCUUCGUCGU